AUGCCAGGAAAAUCAGGAAUUUACCUUGGUGUGUCCGAAUUAUCCGACUCGGAAUCGUCAACCUCCUCCAAAUGCAGUGUCAGAAGUUUAAGCCCGCAGCCUCAUUAUACUCCUAAACGUGAGAAUCCAACCCGAAAAGUGGUUGACAGUCUUUUAGAUAAGUUUCUCUUCGAGAAACUUAAAUGUACACGGAAUAGCGAGAUCAAAAGAAUCCUGGAAUCGGCAAUAUAUGACCAUCUCGAUAACACGGAACACAUAUAUCGAUGGUUAUUUGAUAACGAGAAUACGCUCCAAUAUAAAAGUCUCCUUGGAUUCUUUUUAUUGAUGGGCAUCGGCUGUGAGAGCAACCUCAACAAGGCGUUCCAAAAAUUCAUUGCCGCAGCAAAGAAAGAUUAUCUUAUAGGUCAUGAAAUGGUUGGUGACUGUUAUUUAAAUGGUUGGGGAACGCCAAAGAACGACGAAUUGGCCUUUCAGUGGUACAAAAAAUGUGUAGAUAACAAUGAAGGAAGCUUUUACGGAUAUUUUGCGCUAGGAUAUUGUUAUGAGAGUGGGAAAGGUGUCGUGAAAGAUGAGGUGGAAGCAUUCCGAUGUUAUGAUCGCUGUGCAAAAUUAGGGAAUGUUAUGGCAAUGAGGACACUAGCAGAUCGCUAUACGAACGGAGUGGGCGUAGCGAGAAAUUCCGAGAAAGCCAAUUUUUGGUACCAAAAAGCACUCGAGAAGGAGAUGAUGGAAUCAACCGCUUUUCUAGACAAUGUAUAA